AUACUGUGCUUCGUUGAUUGAAAAAAUUUAUGGCCGCACAGCAAAUCAAUUCCCAAUAUACAGCUUUCAAUUUUAAAAUUUUCGUUUUCGUUUGUCUAUCUUUCAAAUUGUUUAAAUUUCUUUAUCUAACUAACUCGUUUUUUAAAAGUUUUUUAAAGUCCUUUAAUACUUUCGGCUAAAGCAAAUUAUUUAAGUGGCUUCAAAUAUUUAUAAUCAUACGCGAUUCUGAGGCGUCAAACAGUGGCAAACAGCAAGCAAAUGCAAUAAAUCUCGGACAAAGUCAGCUGAGGAUUGAAUUGAAGUGGUUUGAAAUCAUUAGAUGAAAUUUGUGUGCUUGUGGUUAGCGAUAAGUAAUCGGAAAUAAGAAAUAUCCUGCAGUGUAAUAAAUAUAAACAUUUUAACGCACAUGAACAACCAUUCGUCAGCAACUGACACUAAUUUUACCUUUGCCUCAUAAAUGUUACAAGAGAAAUUCCUAUACUAGCACAAAUACUCAAAUACUAAAGCGAUGAGUACAGCGGGCUUUUUAGGUAACUUUCUUUCCAAAGGCCUGAAAACCAAUCAAUUGGAGGUGAACACUGAUGAAAAAACGUUACGACCAAUUGCUCGUUUAAAAGAACCGCGUGAUCUUUUCGCCCUGCCGAAAGACAAGGAUCAUGACUGCUCACAGCAGGCCCCCAGAUGGCCGAUCGAGUGUCAGGUGAGUGAUUAGAAGAAGAAUAUAAUAAUAUGAAAAAUAUAUAAUAAAAAAAAAUGUAGUAAAGUAAAAAAUCAUAGCAGAACACGAAAGAAGUUCCGCCAAAGGGUUUGUAAAAUUUUUUAAUUUUGGAGAUGAUUUCAGAGCAAAAGCCGAGUAUUAGGCUUGAAUUGCGAGUAUUAGGCUUGAGUGCACAGCUCUACUGGGACAGUGUCCGAUUGUUUUUACGUGGGUUCCUACCAAUAACGGCGCUCUACUGGGACAAUUGUAUAUUCGCAUGCGGCAGGGCAGCGCUAGAUUGAUUCUGCUUUGAUAUUCAAGAAAACAAAAAAUUUUGACUACGGAUUUACGGCUGUAAUAGAAAUUGAAAACACAAAAGGGAUUUC